CUGGAAUGUGGUUCAUUUAGUCAACGCCAAGGCUUACAUUAGCAGAGUUGCCAUCUCCAUCUUUACAAGAUCAUCCCGAUCUUCACUUCAGCUGUGCACUCGUUCACUCGUUUGGUUCGCGCUGUGUAGAUACGAUUUGUUUCAUCUGAACUGUCUUUGAUUUCGAUCUCUUUCGCAUCCAUUGUAUGCCUUGCCACUCGAUCGUUUCUCGCCGUUUUUUUUCUUCCCGGUAUCCACUCCAACAUGUCCGACGAUGAGUACUACUACGAAUACGAGGAGGACGAUUACCAGUACGCAGAUGAAGUCCCAGAACUAGUCGACGACCUCGCCGCCUCCGCGUACCACGAUGCCACCGGCCUAUUCCUCGACGCGGAUAGCGAUGUAGAAGAUUACUUCGCAGACCUGGAAUACCAAUCAGACGAUUAUUACGAUAACGACCCAACGGCCGACAAAGGUACCGUAAGGGAAAUCGGAACGAAGAAUGCGCCGGCAACAACAAAACGCCAGAUCAAGAAAGCCCAGCCUACAGCCGCAGCAACAAAGACCAAAUCCCCUGUCCUCCUUGACAUCAAAUCUUUCCAAGGCGUAAUCUGGAAAACGCCCAGUCUGGAUCGGGACCAGGACGUCGCCAUCCUCUACGAACCGCACACGGGCGAACAAGUCGCGCUGUUGAAGAACUGGCGGGAGGAAUUCAAGCAUUCCCAGCCUGCGCUGGAUAAAUCGCGAUUGAAGAGGCGACGGGUGGAGGAAUCACUGGCAGCGGUUGACGCGUCACUGUCCGAGGCGGAUAAUGAAAUGGAGCCUGAAGAAGUCGAAGGUGAAGGCGAUGAACCCGACAGCUCCGAUGAAAUGGACGAUUCUGCGUCGCGCGAUGAGUCCAGUCUCGACACUGGAGAUGCUUCAAAUACAACACCUGACACGGAUUGCGUCCUUUCCAUGAAACUGCCUUCGCCACCGAAGGUCGUGAUCCCGGUUAAGAGAGGGCGGAAGCGGAAAGCGGUGCCGCAGCAGGAUGUUCCUGGUGAGGAUACAGCGCCGCCCAGGGCGAAGAGGGUUGAGUCUCGGAAAGGUGGGAGUGAUACGGCUAAGGCCAAAGGGCCUGGUGGUUCGACUGGACCGCCUGUGCGCAGGUCGGCUCGGCAGAAGAAGUAGAGUCGACCUGCUG